AUGAAGAACAUACUCUCCUUGGCGGCCCUUGGAUGGCAAUUGACGGCCGCUUUUCAAGGCGUGGAGGCUAGCAAGCUGUCGACGGCUGCCUCCUUGAAGCCGUAUUUCAACAACAAGGCAUUUGGCUCGUAUCCCGGUGCAGCUGCCUUUGAUCCGUUGAACCAGUCCUACCCAAACCCUGCCAUCGUCUCCAUCAAUGGCACGUACACCUCCACGCAAACCGGAAUCGUCUACAAGUCCCCCGGGAACACAGCUCCUUGA